AUGGCGGGGCGAUUUCUGCGCUUGGCUCGCAAGCAAGAGCACGAUAAGGAUCCGCGCGCUAAUGAUGCAAAGCAUCGUGCGCGGCGGGUAACUCCCCGUUCACGAAGCCCGAGCCCCCUACCGCGCUGUGUCACGCCAUGCACUAAGUCGAUAUCCAAAACCCCUCCCGAGGUCCUCGUCGAAAUUUUUAGAUGCCUCCGCGACUCGACGGCUACUUCACCACUUUCGCGGGCACUGCACUGGCAGAGCGUCUCCCACGUCUCUCGUCAGUGGCGCGCCGCCGCCCUCGCCGACUCUCUACUUUGGACUACAGUACCGCUGGAAGCGUCCCAGGAGAUGAUUUCUUGCUUCCUGGAGCGUUCGAAUGGGUUGCCUCUGCGCAUCUUGUUCACUCCAGUGGCGUUGUUCUGCAAAAUCGGUCUUCUCAGAGACAAUGCUGCGCGCAUCAAGGCCUUAGUGCAGACGCAAGGCUCGUGGGGCGCCGUUACGCCGAUAGAAGCCAUCCAGGAUGUUCUUCGCAAGGUACUAGCCACCGAUAGGUUUCCCCCAAUACCCCAACUCGAGGAAGUCUAUGUUUAUCCCUACGGUGGAUACCAAAACGUGUACGAACUCCUGCAUCAGCACUCGUUCUUGCACAGCGCGCCCAGCCUUCGCUCUCUUUCUAUCCUGAACGGGUCGGAUGUGGUCUCGUUGCGAGCGAUCAAUGCUCCUCAACUCCGGAGCCUCGUGCUCGGCGGGAUACCCGCUCGUCGCGAUGCAUCUCAGCUCACGGGCCUCUUCCAGUGCAUCCGAGGGUGCCUUCUCUUGGAAGAACUCAGCAUCGGCGAUUGCUACAUCAAAGCCAUGCAGGACCAGGACCGCGCAAUACUCCCAAUUGAGCUUCUUCACUUGCGGCGUCUUCGUCUGAGUGGGGAUGUCCGAGUGAUGCUCGCCAUCCUGAGCGCUCUCGUAUUCCACUGUCGCGCCGCCGUCAUAUAUCUUCAUGCCGAUCUCGACACUUGCGCGAUUAGUGAAGGCGGCUUCGACAGCGCUCUUCCCGUCUUAACGAAUGGCCUGGGAAUGCGCGGCGACAAUCGUUUCGCCUGGACUACAUUCGUAGACACCCGCUCUCACGUCGAGGCGGGUUUCGACAUUGGCAAUGCGGCACCCUCCUUUGUACUACGAUUUGGACGUAUGGAGUCCUGGACCAUCGACGGUCAACGGAGUAUCGACAUCACGAAGAGCCUUUUGAAAAACGCGAUGGACGCAGUGUGGGCGGCUCUCGGAUUGGGAGCAACGAUGGACGGUAUACGCACGCUCGCGCUUGGUCCGUAUCUCCGUGACGGGGAACCCGUACGGAGCUCUGAGCUACGCGAGGCCUACGACUGGUGCGCCAAUAUCGAAGUCGUAGAGGUGCCGCCCUCGCACCUCAUGGCUUUGUGCGACGCUCUCAUCGACCCGAUGGCCGACCACAGAGGAUACGCGUUUAUGCCUGCUCUCAAGCGCAUAAAGUUGAAGGAUCCGAAUGGCCCUCGCAGUGGAAGCCUGCUCUUACGCGGAACCGUGAAGAGAUCUAUGCGCAAUCGCGACUACGAGAGGAAGAUUGAGAUAGGAUGA